UUUAAAUAUUGAUUUUCGAAAUCGAUAUAAAUUAGACUCUUUCGUAAAACAAAUCAUUUUCAAUCCGGAAUAGAAAUAGUUCAACAAAAUGGGUGACACAGUGGACAAAGAAGAUGUUCAAAGUCUGAACAGUGAAGAAACAGAACCAUCAACAAGUUUAAAGACAGAUGAUGACAGUGUUCACAGAGAAAAUGUUACGCUCGAUGAAGAUAGCAGCAAUUUUGAUUCAAAAGAAAGUACUACAUUGAACCAAGGAGAUAAGAAUUUGUGUGAUAUUAAAGAAUUUGACAAUAAUAGUAGUGUUUCAAUGAUCACUGAAAACCUAGAAAAGGGUUUAGAUAUCACAACAGAAACAAAAAAGCCUGAAAUUGACGAUCAAUGUUCAAAUAUGGAAGCAACAAAUAAAUUAUCUGAUAAAACAGAAGAACAUUUUGAUAAACGUAAUAAAACAGAAGACCUACAGACACAAGUGCUGCAAAGACAAACUGAUAUCCGAACUUUUAUGAGUAAAGUUGGUUUAGACACGAUGUAUCCUGACAAAAUUACACUGAUGGAUGUGAUGACUAUACAAUCCCAACCGGAAACGUCUUCCUAUACAGAUGUUCCAAUGAUGGUGUUGAAAAAUUUAAUGAUGAUAAAUUCAACCUCUCGAGAUAAGAUGUUACAGGAAUUUCUAGAAAAAAUUCCAAAGGAAGAUGACUCUAUGGACAAUUCUGAACUGUUUAACGAAAAUGACGACAUCUGGUUAGAAUUAGGUAUUUGCGAAACACAUGAAAACUUGAAUCCUUUAGAUCUGCUCCUAGCAAUAUUUAUGUGCAGUUCGUCGUCCUUAAAGAAUAUAUUAGCAGCGAAAUUGUUCAUGUGCAAACUAGCGAUUCCUUUCUUGGUUCCAUCGGAAACAGGUGACCUGAUAUUAAAUUGUUCGUUACUUCAUUCUAUAAUUAUGGAUGACAAAACAGAUAAAACAGGAAUUAGACAAAAAGAUGCCUUGAAAUGCCCAUGUCAUGUUGUAAGCUUUAUUCGACUUGGUCGACCAAACAUUUCAAAAUCAAAACUUAUUAACACAUUGCUUACAGAAACUUGCCAUGACACAUUUUUUAAUAUUAAUUGCCCACUCGGUACCACUGAGAAAAGUAUCAGUCACGGACUGGUAGAGGUUUCCUGGUAUAUUCCGUCAGCAAAAGGGAGCAGCCAGGAAAAUAUAAUGAUGUUCCUCAACUUGAGAGGUGAUGGCCAAAUUGAACAAAAGCAAGUAAAUUGUCUUUCUAAAAUGUCUUCUGUCCUAGUUAUUUUUGUUGAGGUAGACUUUCUUGAAGAUGAAACCACAAGAAAAAUACUUAAAGAUAUUCAAACAUCUGUAUUAGGUGGUGUUAUCUUAGUUCUUGAUGGAUUUAAACAUACCAAAACAACAAUAGGAAAAAUAUGCAGUAGCUACACAAAACACAUUUCGAACGAAAAUCUGAAAACUAAGUUAUGUUCUGCCGCUGUGAACAAAAGAUAUGAAAUAGAGUUUGAAGUAAAAAAAAGAGUUAUGGCACAUGUAUGGUCUCUCCUAAAAAAUGAUCCAGCAAUUCCCUUUUCUGCUAGAAUAGUUAAAAACGUAGGGAAAUAUUUCACGAAGGACGAAGAUUCGAUUGUUCACAGGAAAGCCAUUGAAAAGGCCAAGCAUAUCAUCAGCGAUAUUCCAAACAACAUUAUCAAUGUAAAACCACUCAUUGCACCACUGCAAGGCACGCCAUGGCAAAUUUGGAGUAAAAAGUCGAAAUUGAUACAUAAAGCUUCAAAAUUUACAUCCCUUCAAGACAUGGCAAAGCACGAAGAGGAAAUGAAAAAUCAAAGAUAUUUCCAAUUAGAUGCAAUAAGAAACCUCCACCCCUUUAUGCAAAAAUGCUUAGAUGCAUUUCUAGAUUCGGUUAAUGACGACAGCGCAUUCGUUUUGCUAGUAGAAUGGAUGAAAUUUCUGCUGGAUGAUCGUUCGAGGUAUGUAGUUGCUGAGUGUUUAACAAAGUACCAACUUGCCUUUCAAAUAUUCGAAUCAGCAAAACGCGAAGGAAGUGAAGUUUCGGAAGUAGAAAGAGACCUAAAGGAAAAAAGAUCAGACCUCAAUAAUGCUCCUUUCAGAUUUGAACAUUUGUUGCGAGAAUGUGGGCAGAUUUUUGAAUCAAUUAAAGCUUGCAAGGAAAAGGCUUCCGUUUCAGAACAGAAACUAUUAACAAUGUUACCAAAAUUUGCAGCAAAGCUUCUUUUAAUUGGUCAGCCCUUAGAAAUUCUUGAUGGUGAUGUCACGCAUGUUCCUCUCCUUUGGAUAGAAGCAGUUCUUUUACAGUUGCGUGAUUUAAUCGGGGACAAAAGGCUUUUAGCACUGUCCGUUGUUGGUCUUCAGAGCUCAGGGAAAUCUACUCUGUUGAAUACAAUGUUCGGCCUACAAUUCGCAGUAAAUGUAGGCAGAUGCACGAGUGGAGUUUUUAUGCAAUUGGUUCCAGUUCAUAAGGACAGUUCUAACUUUGACUAUGUUAUUGUAAUAGAUACCGAGGGAUUACGUUCACCUAAACAAGAUGAGACAGAAGAAUUAAGUCACGACAAUAUGCUUGCAACAUUUGUUAUCGGUUUGGGGGAUGUUGCAAUGAUAAAUGUAAAAGGAGAAAAUACAUCGGAGGUUAAAGACAUCCUUCAAAUUGCAGUCCAUGCUUUUCUUCGUCUUAAACUAGCAAACAGAAAAUUAAAUCUCAAGCAAAGUUGUGUCUUUGUUCAUCAAAACGUUUCCGAUUCUGCAGCAAAUGCUAAAAUGCUAGAGGAAAGACAGAUGUUCGUCCAACAACUGGAUAGAAUGGCAAAGGAGGCAGCAGAGCAAGAAGACAUAGCAGAUAUCAAAACUUUUAGUCAAAUUAUAGAUUUCAAUAGCGAGGAAAACGUUUCUUAUUUUUCAGAUCUUUGGCAUGGUGAUCCACCAAUGGCACCUGUAAAUCCGGGUUAUAGCAAUCGAGUGGCUGAGGUAAAGAACUCUAUCUUAAAUAAAAUUGCUUCGAAAAGAACAACAUACUUGACCAUAACAGAUACAAUUUCACGAAUACAAGAUCUCUGGAAUGGAAUUAUCAAAGACAAUUUCGUCUAUAGUUUCCGUAACAGUCUAGAACUCAAAGCGUAUAACGGUAUUGAAAGAGAAUAUCACUCCAUGGUCUGGGAAAUGGAAAAAUUUCAGUAUGAGUUUUUAGUGUCUACUGCAAAAUCCAAACUUAGUCAUGAAAAAGUUAAUAGAUUAGAUGAAACAGUAUCCGAAAUAAUGCGCGCAUUUUCUGGUGAAAUAGCAAAAAUGGUAGAUGUGCUAACAGAAAGAUUGGUCAGUUUUAUCGAAAGUAACAAAUUGAAGGAGGUUAUGAUUCAAUGGAAACAGAUAAAAUUAAAUCGAUUAAAUUUACUAUCAGAGAAUCUAAUAAUAAAAUCCAAAACUGAUAUGAACAUUAUGAAACAGGAAAUUAUGACCGAAUCAAUACAACGAGAAGAGCGGAUAAAGAACGAAAAAGAGGUGAAUGAAUUAGCUAGAAAGCUAGCCGCCGAGAUGCAAGGAGAAAAGCCAAAUGAAAAGUCAAUGAGAAAGAGAUUUGAGGAAAUGUGGAAUAGUUGGUUGGACAACUUAAAUUUGAAUGUUGUGGAACAUACGAUUUCGGUAAAGGAUCAAAUUGAAAAGUUACUUGCUGAAGAGUAUCCAUCAGAACUAGUUUUCAUGAGUCGCACAAGGAUCGAUAGCGAUCACAAUCAUGAAAUUGAACAUGCAAAACUAGAAGGAAGCAUUCAAAGCAACAUGAUUAAAAAUGAACAUAUGAGUAUCAGAAAAACCUUGGAUGCAAAUAUACUGGGGGAGGAGUCAAUGGAUAUUUAUAAAGAGCAAGCUGUACAUGUCACCGAUGGUAUUUUGCGAAAAAUUGAUAUACGAUUAGAUGAAAUAACUAAACAAGAUACACGUUUUGACACAGUGUACGUGCAUGAAGUUUUUAAUAUCAUCGCCAGUGACUUUAAAAGUCACAAUGAUCAUUGCUCUAACGAUUACAAAUUCAACUUGCACUCUACGUAUAGGGCUUUGAUAAUAGAUCGUGUUGUUAGUCAUAUAACACAGGUAUUUGCAGGCUUGCACCAACGUUAUCAAUCUAAGCAUAGCCCAAGAGGUCGACUAAAGGAGUACAAACGGACAGUUUGGACACUCUUUGUAAACCUCGUUGAACAGAAGACUGAGGAUAUGAUUAUAGCGGGUUUUAUCAAGGAAGCCUUGUCGGAGAGGGUUAGUGAGCAGGUGUCUGUGUUGAUUCCCAUAAUGGCAGUUGAUAAGAUCCUCUUGUCAUUUUCCCAGGAAAAAUAUAGCCUUAUGAAGGCAAUUAUGAUAGAUCUUGCAAAUGCUGGCAAUUUUGAGAGAUACAUGUCCUUCAUAAAAGAGCCUGCAUCGUUUGCCAGAAAAUGGGUAUCUGAUUUUAUGUAUAAAGAAAUUUUUCACAUUAAAACUGAUGCUGUCCAUCAUUAUGGAUUAUGUGCUAGAAGUCGAACCCAGCGAAUAUUUGAGAUGUUGUCCAGAGGUAUUUCAGAGACAUCACAAAUCCUGAAGGUUGAUGGAAGUCUUGAUAUUUCCGAAUGGGUUGAAACCCUAACAGGUAUCAUUCAGGAAUCUGACAUUCUGCCGUUAUCGAAAGAACAUUUUGUCCAUGUUCUAGGUAGACAUGUAUCAGAUCAUCUGAAUUUUAAAAGAGUAAUUCUUGGUGAAAUGGGGAAGGUGGAACAACUUUUAAAUCAGACAUUUGCUGAAGUUACUAGUACAAAUGUCAAAUGGAAGAAAGAUGUAGUAUCUUUAAUUAUGGAUAAAUUAUGGGGGUGUGAAGCAAAAUGCAUGUUCUGCUCGGAGCCAUGCAUGAAUACUGACAAAUCACAUGAAAUACACGCUGUAUUGCACCAUUGUAUUCAACAUCGCCCACAAGGAAUCAAUGGAUUUUGCCAUAUCCGUGAUAAAUCACUUGUAGUAGAGUUUUGUAAUGUGCUAAUUCAAGGUGAAGUCAGAUACCUUUCUGAUGACAUUGAAGAAUUCACAGAAAUAUGGAGAAAAUAUAAAGAAUACCAAACGCAUUACCCACAAUGGGACAUUCAACCGACUUUUGACACUUCGAAGUACUGGAUGUACGUUAUGUGUACUUAUCAACACAAGCUGAAAGAUUUUUAUCGGCUAAAACUUCCACAUAUUCCUGACAGUUGGAACGACAUCACACUUGAAGAUGCAUUAAAUAGUUUAUAACUUAUUUUGAUAAAGAUUUUAUCGCAAAAAAGCUUAGAAUCUGAACAUAUGCAAAUAUAGGAAAUAAAUCCGACGUGUUUUCAAUUGACUAGUUUCAAAUUUCAGAAAAUUUUCUUAGUACCCUAAAUAAUGCAUGGUAAUUGGCUACGAUAUAAACAAUAACUUUGAAGUUGUCAUCAUCAAAUGUUAUGUCAACAAACGAGUGGUGACUACUUGGUGGUGAUUCCCUCGUUGUAAAACUGUACAAUGAUAACAGCCUUAUCAUUUGAUACGCGACACAUAUAACGUAUGUUUCGGUUAUUGGAUGAAAAACUGUAAAAUUCCAACCGGU